CGGAAACUCUUAAUCUGCAUAACAAGCUUUUUGGCUGGUUUCUUUGGUUGACGAGUUUUGUUGUUUUUGCUGUUAUUUCCACUACUUUUUUAAAUUUAAAUAAAAAUUUUGUCCGUUGAGAUGGCCGACAAAAGAGAAGAAUUAGUUCAAAAAGCCAAACUGGCCGAGCAGGCUGAACGUUACGACGAUAUGACAGCGUGCAUGAAAGAGGUAACCGAAAUGGAUAAAGAAUUGAGCAACGAAGAAAGAAAUUUAAUGUCCGUGGCCUACAAAAAUGUCAUUGGGGCCAGAAGAUCAGCAUGGCGGGUCAUCUCCAGCAUCGAGUUGAAGACAGAGGGCAACGAGAAGAAGCACACCAUGGUGAAGGAGUACAAAGCUACCAUUGAAAAGGAACUGAAGAACAUUAGUAAAGAUGUCAUUGACCUGUUGGACAAGCACCUGAUAGCAAAGGCAGCAACAGGGGAGAGCAAGGUCUUCUACUACAAGAUGAAGGGUGAUUAUUAUCGCUAUCUGGCUGAGAUUGGAGGAGAUGAAAAGCAAGGUGCUGUGAGUGACUCAGAGAAGGCCUAUGAAGAGGCAAUGAAGAUUGCACAAGCAGAGAUGCAACCAACUCACCCCAUCAGGCUCGGUUUGGCUCUUAACUACUCUGUCUUCUUCUAUGAAAUUCUCAAUGCACCUGACAAGGCUUGCACUCUGGCUAAAAAGUCAUUUGAGGCAGCCAUGUCAGAGUUGGACUCGCUGAAUGAAGAUUUGUACAAGGACAGUACCCUCAUCAUGCAGCUACUGAGGGACAACCUCACUCUUUGGACGUCAGACGGCCAGGAAGAUGACGACGACCGCGGUGAGGGGGAAGGCAAUUGAUGGAUUGGCCGACUGAUUCGCUCGCCAACCAAUCAACCAAAAAAGAGAAAAAAGACAAAAAUUAUAUAUAUAUAUAUAUACAUACAUACAUUUAUUUAUCAGUAAGCUAUAUUUAAUCUGUCUGUCUGUACGUAUGUCUUUGUUUAUUUUGUUUGUUGUUGCUAUUAUUAUUAUUAUAUUAUGAUCAUAAUUCUUAUUUUUAAUGUUGUAUUAUUAUUUUCAGAAUGAAUAAUUAUGGUUAUUUUUUUGAUAGUAAUAUAUAUAUAUAUAUAUAUAUAUAUAUAUAAUAUAUAUAUACAUGAUUACGAUUUGCUCUCUCAAUAUAAAAUUUCAUUGCAUUAAAUUUUGAAAGUUGUUUCUUCAUUACAUUAUGCAUAUAAAUAACAUUUGUUGCGUUCGUAAUUAUACAAAUAUUCAUGCACACGUACAUACAUGCAGUAUGCACGCAUACACAAACGGACAUACUUAGGAAUGCACGCACACACACACACACGCACACACAUAUAUAUAUAUAUAUAUAAAAUUGCACUCUAAAAAUUUUCCUAAUAUUAACCUUAUCACAACUUUAAUUACAAAUAUAUAUGUAUAUAUUUGUAUUUAUACAUACAAAGAUUGUAUUUAUACAUAAAGUUAUAUAUAUAUAUAUAUAUUUGUUUAUAAAAGCACAUGCUCAUUCUACCAAAAUAGACAAUAUUAGUUAAUUAUUUGAGUUUUCAACUACCAUACGCUGUUUUUCACUAAUUCUAGCUAUUCAUAUACAUACAAAAUAUUGGAUGUUUGAUCGUGUGUAAGCUGUAUGUAUAUCUGUGUAAAUUUACACAAGCACACUUAUGAUAUAUCAACGCCAUCUUUGUUUGUCAUAACCAUGAAAAUGAUAGAGGAUCAUGUUUUUUUUUU